AUGCCAAAAUAUGUAUUUGAAAAUGGUCUACGGAAGGUACUACCGUACUAUAUGAACUACCAAACACACGCAAAGCAAAGAUGGGUUGGACGUACCUUGAUUGAGACGUAUAUUAACGACUUUGGUGAGCCAUUAGAUGGAGUCAUCAACGACAUACAAAAAGGCAAGCUAUAUGUAGUUAAUAAUGUUGGAACGUCUUUACCGAGUGAACUGCUAAUAGGCUUGGACGUUCUAUCGCUGAGGAUAGUAGAGACUAAAGACGUAGUGCACCAUUUCAAACACAAACAUGAACCAGCUAUACCUUGGCAAGAGAAGAUUCCAAUUCUUUAUGAAGACGAGGAAAUCAUAGUUGUGAACAAGCCCUCUGGCGUACCGACCCAUCCUUCAGGAAAUUACCUGCACAAUAGUCUUUCGGAGAUUGUGAAGGAGAUGUACGGAUUUGAUUCAAUUUGGACAUGCCAUCGCUUAGAUAAAGUGACAAGUGGAGUUCUCAUUUUAUGCAAAAGUAGAGAUUCCGCAAUUAAAUUCCUGAAUCUACUCCAGGCUAAAAAGAAUAGAGUAAAGAAAGUGUAUUUGGCGAGAGUGAAAGGUGAAUUUCCCUCUGGCAAACAUGUUUACAAGUGCCCCAUAUUUGCAGUGAAUAUGAAUGGUUAUUUACAACCUGGUGAUUUAGAAAAUGUACAAGCAGAUACAGCGACAAUAUUUCAAAGAAUACACUAUAGUAAAGAACUCAACGAAAGUAUCGUCAAGUGCCAGCCGAUUUCGGGAAAAUUUCAUCAAAUUAGAAUUCAUUUGCGAAAUUUGGGAUAUCCAAUAUCUAAUGAUCACUUUUAUAACCCUAGUGAAACAUCGAAAACGUAUUUUGCAAAGUCAAAAUUGGAGGCUGCUUUGUAUGAAAAGUUGUUUCAAGCCUACCCUGAAUUUCGAACAACGUCAUCUCCGGGAAGUCAACAAAGUGCUUCAAAUACACUCAAUUUGUUGAAAGUAAUCAACUGGAAUUCUGAUUCUAGUAUCAAAGAACAAUUCAUGGAGCUUAAACGUGCACACUCGGUUGAUUUGAAAUCGCGUAAGUCGGCAGUCUGCUCCGAAUGUGAAAGACCAUUGUUUGAAGAAGAUUAUGUGGUAAAUUCGUCAAUUUAUUUACAUGCAUUUAGUUUCAAGUAUGAAGACAAUUGCUUUGAAACUGAUCUUCCUGCGUGGGCCCGAAUAUGCUAA